AUGUUUCUCGAGGCCGCUCCGCCCUUUAACCAAGCUACUGCAGAUGUCACAUUUCGGUCUUCCGACAAUGUGUGCUUCCGUCUCCACAAAGUCAUUCUCUCUCUGGCGUCGCCCGUGUUCGAGGGAAUGUUUACCAUUCCUAGGCCUGCACAUGGCAACGACCAGCCCAUCUCGGUGGCCGAAGACUCACAGACACUAGACAAGCUGUUCCGCAUACUGUAUCCAAUACCCGAUCCGCCACUAGAGACGUCAGCUGAGGUGGGCGCUGUUCUAGCGGCGGCGUUGAAAUACGACAUGGAUUCGGCGAUCACCGUUUGCAAGAGGGCGCUACUCGAUCCUGCACUACUCCGCAAGGACCCAUACGGCGUCUACGCUGUCGCGCUCGAUCUCGACUUAGAGGACGAGCUGCGUACGUCGUUGAGCCACAUCUUGCACUGUCCGUACGAUCUACCUAAAGGGCCGUCCACGGCUCUUUGGACUAUACCUGUCACAUUGCAAAAUUGGUUCGUCCAGUAUCGCGCGGAUUGCAAGGCGGCUGCGAUUGAGGCCGUUUCAUCUUACCUCCAACGUGCUCAUGGCGACCGUGGUGCUUUUCACUACGAAUGUGCCCCGUGCGCCACCUACGAUGGCACGUCUAUAGGGCCAAUGGAUUUCUCCCUUCGGGAGGAUCACUAUGUUGCACACUCCACCGACAUUUUGAGUGCAACUCCAUGUGGUGCCGCAUUGUUGGAGGACAAGGAACUUGGGUCGACCGUCUUUGCAGUGGGGGAGAAUACCGCAGUGAGGUGGACAAGGCUAUUGCACAGAAGAGCAUCCGACCUCCAUAUAGCACUUAGACGACUCGUGAGCUUUCUCAUAUUUAUUAGACGGCAUGGCCCUUUUCUCUCUUCUGAUUAG